UAACUUGUAUUGACCCAUAAAUUUAGAUUGUAUCAAAUUCUUGAUGUUUGCAUAAAUUUUAUGUUUUAUUUAAAAAUGUUUUGGUUUCCUGGCCAGCUUGCGUUGCACCUUUUGUGGUAUUACUCUUGUAGUUUCUUGUUGUUCGAUUUUUGUUACAAUCUGUUUUUUCUUGUACUUUGACUUUCGUAUUAUUUUGUUGUAAUACUGUUCUUUUACUAUCGCUUAUUAGUAUCUGUUGAUUCUUGUACUUUCAUUACUAUUUGUUGUUUUUUUCCUGGGUUGAGGGUCUAUCAGAAACAACCUCUCUACUUUUGAGGUAAGGUAUGCUUUCCGAUACUUUACCCUCUGCAAACCCCACUUUUUGGGAUUACGUUGGGCAUGUUGUUGUUGUUGUUGUUGUUGUGAAAUCACACCCAUAUAUCAGGAAUGAAUCAAUUUCUAGUUUUUGGUAUCAAAUUGCAUAUUCAUUAGAUGCAAAGUUUGCCUUUUUAUUCAACUUGUAUUGACCGAUAAAUCGAGAAUCAAAUAAGUAUCGCUUGUAUGAAAUUGUGUGUUCGUGGAGUGCCAAGUUUACGUCUUCUUUUUGUCAACUUGAAUUCACACCCAUAUAUCAAGGGUGAGUCGAAUAUAGUUGUAGGUAUCAAAUUGUAUGUUCAUCGAGUACCAAGUUUGCCUUUUUAUUAUCAAAUACUAAUUGCUGGUAUCAAAUUGUGUGUUCAUUCAGUACCAAGUUUACUUCUUUAUUCAGUUGAAUUUUGUGAUAUUGAUGAUUUGACGUUGACAUGUUGUUUAGACUGUUUAAACUCCAAUUGGUUGAUUGUUUUGCUGCGUAGUUUGCUCAUGUGAAUGGGAAGACAACAAUUUGAUAUGGUUUCUUAUAGGGCGUGAAGUUUCUGUGUUUUCUACGUUGGUCUGAGCUCUCGUAUUGCCUUUGAAACUGUCCGUACUUGUAGAGGCAGAUUUAGGAUUUUAAGCCGGAGUUAUCUAAGAUGCAUUCAAGAACUGCCAAAAUCGCACUCGUGAGUUCACAUCCUGAGGUUUACGAACCAUGUGAUGAUUCGUUCGCGUUGGUCGAUGCAUUAUUAGCUGAUCGAACUAACUUGUUACAGCACCAUCCCUCAAUUUGUAUGGAAAUUGGUUGUGGUAGUGGGUACGUUAUUACUUCACUUGCAGUUAUGCUUGGACAUGAAGGAUUUGUUCCGUACUAUAUUGCAACAGACAUUAACCGUCAUGCAAUAAGGGCGACUCGCGAGACCAUGGAUGCUCAUGGGGUUUACACGGAGUUGGUGAACACAGAUAUUACAUCUGGACUUGAGAAGCGAUUGGCAGGAUCGGUUGAUGUACUGGUUGUGAACCCUCCUUACGUUCCUACACCUGAAGACGAAGUUGGUUGUGAAGGCAUCACUUCCGCGUGGGCUGGAGGGGAGAAUGGUCGAAGCGUUAUUGAUAAAAUACUGCCUGCUGCCGAUACUCUUUUGUCAGAGAAGGGUUGGUUAUAUAUGGUCACGCUUACCGCUAAUAACCCCUCGGAAAUAUGUCUUGAGAUGAGAAAGAAGGGCUAUGCAUCUCGAAUCAUCUUGCAGAGAUCUACCGAAGAAGAGAGCCUUCAUAUUAUCAAAUUUUGGCGAGAUUCUGAUAGCGAGUUGGAGCUGAACAAUUUGAAUUACUGGACAAAACUGGUAAUGAAUUAGCGAAAGGGCCUCAUUUUGUGCAUUUCAUCUAUUGUCCGUCAGGGAACGUGUCACUGGCUGUUAAUAGCAUUGCAGAUAGCGGAGGAAGUUCAUCAGUUGGACAUGGUGGACGCGGUGUGUUAUCUUAUUCAAAGGUUUCCUCAAACAAGCUGACUCACGCUCGGACUUAUCAAAGUACCUGAUUUGACACUUAGAGCUGUAUAGCUCUUCGCGUCUAUACACAUUUUUUUAAUAAUUUGCUUCCAUAAUCUGCUCCUUUCGCAACAAGCUAGUGCGAUGAUAUCUCACGAUGCUAAAAGAAUCAGUUGAAUGAAUCUGUUUCGAUGGAUAAUAUCGGGAUGAUUGGCUGUUUUGUGUCUUAUUUGAUUCUGUAAUUGCUGAAUCUGGAUAGAGUAUUAUUCAUGUAGGUGAAAAUUUCUUGGCCUUUGAUAUAUAAAGUGCUUAUUUUGCUCA